CCCCACCCCCUUUUGAUGUUGUUCCUGUAUUUGGGCAAGAUGGCGCUGUCGUGGUUGAUGGUGUUUGAGCAUAUUCUAUAUGGAGUAUGUUUUAUUUGUGGAAUAAUAACAUCUGCUUCAGUGACCGUCUCUCAGGGAGAGUUUGCGGGCCAGUGCAUUCUUUAUGGCACUGUUAAAUGCAAUAGCUCUGUAGGAGAGUGUACUGCCACAUCAUUCAGUAAUGUCUCCCUCUGCUAUUUCGUGUGUGGAGUCUCUGUGUUUGUGUCACUUUACUGUUUCGCUGUCGUUUUGCACCGGAUCUAUACUAUCUUUAUCGGUGAAACCACAAGGGAGUCUGUAUGGAUGAACUUCUAUUUUGCUUGCUGUGGAAUCUUCGUCUUUUUCUUGCUGAUUUGCAGUUGCAUCCUGCAAGUGGGGUUUGACAAGUUGUGCACCUCCAUUUUAGAGAACAAGGAAAUAAAAAGCUGCAGCGAUGCACAACAAAAGAGUUGGGCCACCCCCUAUAAGGGUAGCCUUUUUUACACGAACAUUUACAGUGCAAAAUCAGCUGAUUGGGUUAACUUUUUCCUCUGGAUAGUGAUACUAGGCCUUCUAAUCGUACAGAAACGAAAGGAGUCAGAAUUCCGGCCUCUGUCGGCAUCAGACCCUGAAUGGAGCACUGCAGAAAAUGAGCCAAUUGUUUCCUCAAAAUCAAGGCAGUCAUGAAAUGUCCAACAAAGCCAGGAAAACUAAGUUACUUGAUCUGAAAUUUCUUAAAGGUGUGUGUCUGUAUAUGUCUGCAUAUGCAGGCUUGUAUUGAUGUGUGCAUGCCUUGUCUGAGGCAAGACUCAAUGAGGUGGAUGUGGAUAGUAAGAGAAAAGAACUUCACUAUAUUAUUAAAACGAUUUUGUAUAUAUAUGUAUAUGUUUGGGUGGGUGUGUGUGUUUGUAAAUUUGUUUAAUACACACAGAAUUAAAAUGUUUGGUUUGUACACCAUUCAUUGUGAAGUUGAACACUGCAUUGAUACUAAAGUUUACUUGUUGUGGUCAUAUGAUUUUUUUGGUAUCAUUUUGUUUGCAAGAUCCAUGCAAUAUAUUUGAGGGCACAAAGUUCAACUCUGUAUAAAGUCAUAUUUUUGCCUUGUCACUGACCACACUAAGCUCUUUAUUGGUGAACUUGUUUUGUGAAGCAAGCAUUUUGCUUUUCAGCCAUUUCAAAGUUAACAGACUUCCCCAAUCAGGAGUGGCAUUCUUAUGUCAAGCAUCCUUUGUUCUGUAUAAUUAUAUAUAUUUUAGUAGUAAUUAUAUAUGGCUGUGUUUUGCAAAGGGCCAUUAAUUGAAUUAUAGGAUUGCUAAAACAGUUUCUUCCUUUAACAUACAUCAUUAAAGCCUUAGGUUUGUUUCUUAUGCACUUAUGAAACGUUUCUGUAUAAUGAACACGAUAACCAUUUUAAAGUGUAUUUUUAUGUUAUUUAAAGACUUGACUACUUGAUUUAUAGUAGCUAGCAAGGGAGAAUCCCAGCUAGAACAUUGGGAAAUUAGUUGUUACUAGACUUUCUUGAGAGGUUUAGUGUCAAGAGGUUGUUUUUUUCAUUACACAUUAUCUCAUCCUAUUUUUGAAAAAUGGCUGUGGUCAUUGCAGCUGCAUUGUCACUUCCUUUCCGUAUGGAGAUCAGGUGCCUGAAUAAAAGUAUUUUUCUUCUGGCCUUUAGUGUAGGAGGUUACUCUCAACA